AUGGCCGCUGCGUCCUGGACUGUUCUAAAGGAAAGUUCCGGAGCCUCCAACUGCACCAGCUGCGACACGGACAAGUUUGGUCUGGACCGGUACCUGUUCAGAGGCGCCUGUGUGGACGUCUGCCCUGACUUCUUCUUCCACACCAGAGAAAAGAGCUGUGAGCCGUGUCCCGCCCACUGCAGCGUCUGCUCCAGCUCCAGCCACUGCCUCAGGUGUAACUCCUCCUACUACGUUUCUGACGGACUCUGCAACAAGCUGGAGUGUGGAGAAGGGGAGGUGGAGGAUCCAGAUUACGACGACUGCAUGGCCUGUGAGGAAGGCUGCAAAAAUUUUCAGGACGGCUGCUUCAAAAACUGCCCGGCGAAGACGUACAGCGUGGAGGAGGAGAUGACCUGUGUACCAUGUGACGAGAACUGUGUGAGCUGCGACCAACACGAGUGCUACUGGUGCGAGUCCGACCUGUUCCUCUCAGAGGGGAGGUGUGUGGAAGUGUGUCCCGAUGGUUUCUAUGGAGACGAAGACACCAACGACUGCGAGGAGUGCCACCUGGACUGUGAGACCUGCAGCGGACCAGAGGAGGACGACUGUGACUCGUGCGAGGACGGGAAGACCCUGGAGAACGGCCUGUGUGUGUUCGAACACGAGGCCUGCCCCGCCACCACCUACCGCAGCGACGAUGGAGGCUGUGAGGACUGCCAUCCGUCCUGUGAGGCCUGCUCCGGAGACGAGAAAACACAGUGUACCAAAUGUGCAAAAGGACGCUUCCUGAGCCCGCAGCAGACGUGUGUGUUGAAGUGUCCCGGGACCUUCUUUGCGAAUCGCUUCAGCAGUGUGUGUGAGGCGUGUCCCUACGGCUGUUUGUCGUGUGUGGACGCACAACACUGCACACGCUGUCAGGGAAACCGCUACGCACCGCUGUACCUGCAGAACGGCCGCUGUGUGGAACAAUGCGCCAGGGGGUAUCCAGCCGGCCUGGUGUGUCGCAGCUGUGAUCCAGGCUGUGCUUCCUGCCUGAGAAACAGCAGCUACUGUCUUGUCUGUGACCCGCCUCUGCUCCUGCACCAGCACCAGUGUGUAGAGGACUGUCCUGCAGCCCACACCCUCAGGGACGGGGCGUGUCAGCGCUGCCCACCCGCCUGCUCUGAGUGCCAUCCACUGGGACAAUGCAUCGAAUGUGAAGAGUCCCACUUUCUGCACGAAGGCCUGUGUGUGUCGGAAUGUCCCGCCAGGUUCUUUGUGGACGCGGAGCAGAGAGAGUGUUCGCGGUGCCACCCCGACUGUGCCGAGUGCCACGGACCGGACGCAGACCACUGUGAGACCUGCGUGGAUCCUGAGGCCGCGCUUCUCAACGGGGGGUGCGUGACCUCCUGCUCCUCGCAAAGAUAUCGGGACCAGGACUCCGGAGACUGCGAAGAGUGUGCUGCCUCGUGCCUCACCUGCUCCGGCCCGGACUCUGGCUCUUGCACCAGCUGCAGAGAAGGCCACAGGCUGGAGGGGCGUGGCCACUGCGAUCCUGUGACCCACUCAACGUGCACCCUCCACCAGUUUGUGGACGAAGACGGAGAUUGUCGUCCGUGUCAUAAAUACUGCCACAGAUGCUCUGGCCCUGGUUCAAGUCACUGCCUCAGCUGCAACCAGGGCCAUCUCCUGCUCAAUGGCACCUGUUUGGAUAAAUGUCCGAUUGGCUACUUCGAAGAUGAGAUGGCGGGAAAAUGCGAGCCCUGUCAUUCGUCCUGUGAGUCUUGUGUCGGAAAACACAGUCACGAGUGUCUUUCCUGCAAGUUCGGCCGCUUCUGGGAGGCCAAGGAGUGUGUGGAGACCUGCCAGCACGGGCACUACGGAAACGCAGCCUCUGGAAUGUGUGAAAGGUGUGACAUCACCUGCAGAGAGUGCCUGGGACCCGGAGAGGACAGCUGCCUGAACUGUGCCGUGGACUUGGUUUUUUUGCGUAAAGCAGGUCGCUGUCUCGCCGUGUGUCCUGAAGGUUACUACCACGAUUCUGCUCAUGGCACCUGCGAACCCUGCCACGCCACCUGCAAAGCUUGUUCAGGAAUAGAGUCGCACUCGUGUCAGUCAUGUCAAAUAGGAUACAGACUGUCUGAUGGGAUCUGCGAGUCCAUGUGCUACAGAGGCCAAUAUCCAGUAUUGGAGGGCAUGGAGCUGGCCUGUGAAGACUGUGACGCCUCCUGUGCUGAGUGCUGGGGUCAGGGGUCAUCCAGCUGCACCUCCUGUCCUCCUCAGGCCAUGCUGGACCCCAGGGGGCGCUGUCUGCUCUGCUGUAACCAUGACGACGACGUGGCAGAUGUUAAGAAAGGCCCCGAGGACUGCUGCAACUGCACUGAGUCUCGAGGAGAGUGCGUCCUCAGCACAAACUUACCGUUCAUAAACGACAAAGACGGCGAGGAGCGAGGGAACCUGGCCGUCUUCGUCACCGCCUGUGUCCUGCUGGUGGCGGUGCUGGUGGCCAUCGUCUUCCUCAUCCGGCACUCCCGCUCCAAAAGCGCGUCCCGGGACAUCCCCCCUCGAGGCUACGAGAAGCUGGGCUCGGGGGGCGGCUUCGGAGGCGGGGGCGGGUCCAGCAAACACGGCUACAGCUCGGCCUCUUCCUCAUCCUUCAGCAGACAUGGCGGCUCUUCGUCCGCUAGCACCGGUCGCUUCCAGGAGUCUCAGAUGGUGGAUUUCAGCGACCGGCGUAAGAAAAACAACGAGGAUGAUGAUGACGAGGACAUUGUCUACAUGGGGCAGGACGGGACGGUCUACAGGAAGUUCAAAUAUGGGCAGCUGGGAGAUGACAACGAGGAUGAUCUGGAGUACGACGAUGGGAGCUACACCUUCAGAUGA